GCAUGCUUCGAUUUAAUGGACAGGAUGAAGUGGAUGGUAACAGUCAGCAGGCGGAUAUUGGCGGCUCAGGGAAGCAAAUCUUAACAAAGCACCGCUAGCUGCCCCACUUUUUGUUUUUCAUCCACUGUAGAUUUGCAUUCUCAUUCUUAUGCAAUGUUCCCCGGUUUGUUGCUGUAGGAUGGCGGCGUGCAGUGCCCAAAACCUCGAGCUUCAGAGGAAAAUCCAGACGCUGGAAGAGACUAACAAUGCUCUGCUGGAGCAGCUAAGCCGGCUACAGGCUCUCUUGCCUAAUAGCUGCUGCAAAACAACAAACAGAGGAACCUGCAUCCUGGUUUUGCUCCUCUCCUUCUCUCUGCUCAUUUCCUCAAACAUUCAGCCAAACCCUUACAGCCAACGCAGCUACGCAGAAUACACAGAGACCACAGUGUCGUCGCGCUCCCUGCAGUCGACGGACGAGGCGGGGAAUGCCCGUCCUCUGCCACCCCCGCUUCCCUCCUCCUCCUGGGGCUUUGAGGACCUGCGAAGCCUGAAGGAGAGGCUCUGGGCCCAGACGGACCUCCCCACGGUACGCCUCGGGUCUCCUGACCGACAGGAGCACAGAAACAGAGAUGAUUACGGAUCUCGGCGGAGCAGAAACAUGUAGCAACAGGACUUGCUUGCAAGUGCAUUGCUACAGCGAGCACCGUAAUUAUUUUUCAGCAUCUGAAAAAGAAAAUCAUAAAUGACUGGUAUGAUCUUGUGGUGCUUCAGCGCACAAAGAGGAUGUUUGGACCCGGGAUUUAGAGCUCGGCCACACUAGAGGGAAAUAAAAGCAACAAGACCUCAAGGUCCUUGUUCACGUAAACAUGUAUGAGCUGGAGAUUAACACAAAAUGUAGAUCCAUCUCAUUUAUUUUAUGCACUUUAAACACAUGUUUGUUAAAUGUGUCAGGAAUGACUUUAACGCUCUCUCGAAGGUUUCAUUGAAAUGAUGAUAAAACACAGAUGAUGAGCUUUUUAAAAUAAAAUUUUGCUAACAUACA